AUGUUGACUACAAAAUCGUCUUGCGGCUGUGGCAGAUGGACUGGUGUUCGUGUUGUUGUGGGUGGAAUCCUCAUCCAUUUGUCAUUAGGAACUUUGUACACAUUUGGUAACAUCAGUCCAUAUUUGACAUCGUACAUGCGCAGAUAUGGCUCAGCCCCCAGCCUGACGUACACCGAGUGUGCUUGGAUCUAUGCUCUAGCUAGUAUGGGCCAGGGUGUGUCGAUGAUGGCUGGAGGUGUGCUUGAGAGAUUUAUCGGGCCAAAGCUGACUGUCCUACUUGGUGGUUGGUGUAUGAGUCUUGGAGUGCUCCUGACCUUCUUCUCAGUGAAGCAUUCCUUCGCCUUGACUGUUGUUACCUACGGGGCGGUGUUUGGUUUUGGCGUCGGUAUUGCUUACGCCAUUCCAUUGGGUUGUGUAAUGAGAUGGUUCCCCAAAUGGAAGGGACUGGUAAAUGGUGUAGUGGUUGCUGGCUUUGGUGGUGGAGCCUUCAUCUUUAAUCAAGUCCAGACAGCGUUCAUCAACCCUGACAACUUGAAACCUGACGUAGAGGUCGAUGGUGACAUUAGUGUGUCGGAGAUGGAAGAUGAUAUCACGUUGAAACCGGCUGAGGUUCUCAGAUCUCGAUACUUCUACUUGAUUUGGCUGAUGUUUGUGUUCAACGGCCAGGGAAGUUUGUUCAUAUCUACUUUGUACAAGGCGUACGGCCAAACUUUCAUAUCAGAUGAUACGUUUAUGGCACUGGUAGGCUCCUUUGCUGCUGUCUUCAAUGCUGGUGGCAGGAUUGUAUGGGGAACCAUUGCUGAUAAAUUCUCUUUUAGGGUAUCCUCCCUCAUCAUGUGUGCUGCCUUCACCUGUUUGAUGCUGACCCUACAACUGUCUGAACGCGGAGGGAAGCCCCUGUUCUUUAUCUAUAUCUGCCUGCUGUUUGGCUCAUUCUCCGGCAGCUUUGCUUUAUUUCCAACAGCCACAGCCAAGUGCUUCGGCCGCAAGUAUCUUCCCAUUAACUAUGGACUAGUCUUUACUUCCCAGGUGAUCACUGCACCGCUGGGAGUUUUUAUGUCACAGUCAUUAAAAGCCUCGCUUGGUUGGGACGGCUUGUUUUUCUUGAUAGCCGGCUUUUCCUUUAUAAGUUUUGUACUCUCAAUCCUGUUUAAUGCAAAGGAUAAACAUGGCAAAGAGAUAUAA